GGAGCCGUGUUUACCUUCCGGGGCGGCGGGGCCGGGUUCCGGGGCAGAGUGUGCGAGGUGACUGGCCCGGCUCCGGGCCGCCUCAGCGGGAGGAGGGAGCGCGUCCGGCAGACGGAGGGUGCGAGCCCGGCGGCCACCAUGAGUGAUCCUCAGGCCUUGCCCUGAGCGGGAGGCUAGCUCGAAACACAAGUGAUGCUGGUCUCGGGGAUCUCCACUGCCUCUGUUGUGCAGAAGUGCAGGCAAUGUCCCAAGAAAAUAAGUGGCCAAGAGCUUUUAAAAAAACCCCCAAAGAUCGUGGACUUAAAGUGCAGUUAGUGACACAGGUUCACAAAGCAAUGACACUAAAAGACAGUUUCUUCUAGAACGGUUACUGGAUGCAGUUAAACAGAGUCACUUGCUUGUGUGCUCAGUUUGAAGCUGUGUUACAGCAUGGUCUGAAGAGGAGCCGAGGAUUAGCGUUGACAGCAGCAGCAAUCAAACAGGCAGCAGGUUUCUCCAGUAAAACUGAAACAGAACCAGUGUUUUGGUAUUAUGUGAAAGAAGUUCUGAAUAAACAUGAACUGCAGCGCUUUUAUUCUCUGAAGGCAAUUACUACAGAUAUUGGUAGAGGCCGGGCUUGGUUGCGAUGUGCGUUGAAUGAACAUUCCCUGGAAAGAUAUGUUCAUAUGCUGCUUGCAGAUAAGAAUCGGCUGAGUGUCUUCUAUGAAGACUGGUCUUUUAUGAUGGAUGAAGAACGUUCUAGUAUGAUCCCUACAAUGGCAGCUGGUCUGAACUCCAUUCUUUUUGCAAUCAACAUUGAUAAUAAGGAUUUAAAUGGGCAGAGCAAAUGCAUACCCACAGUGUCUGAUCUGUUAAAGGAAUCAACGCAAAAUGUCACCUCACUAUUGAAAGAAUCCACUCAGGGUGUUAGCAGCCUUCUUAGAGAGAUAACUGCAUCGUCUGCUGUCUCCAUUCUAAUCAAACCUGACCAAGACAUUGACCCACUACCUGUUCUGUCAAAGAAUGUAAAUGCUGAUUUAAAAUCUAAAAAAGAUCGAAAAAAGAAGAAGAGGGUGACAAAUAUUAUCUCAUUUGAUGAAGAGGAAGAUGAGCAAAACCUUGGGGAUGCCAUAAAGACUCUGGUCACAGGAGAAAGUUCAGAGGAGAAUUCAGACAUAUCUUCAGUUUUUGUGUUACCCUCAUCUGAAAGCAAUCUUGGAAAAAAAUUGAAUGGGAAUGAAAGUAACCAUUUGUGGAAAAGCAAUUCAGUGUUUAUGAAUGGAGAGUAUGAAUACCAGAAACUAGAUGUGAAGAGCAUUGAUGAUGAAGAUAUAGAUGAAAAUGAAGAUGACCUAUAUGGAAAGACAUUAGGAAAUAAAGGUACAGAAGACAGAACUGAAGCUUCUGAAAAGCCUCAUGAAACAAGUGCAUGCAAUUCUCAAAUAUGCAGUUGGACUCCUCUACAGGUCCUGAAUGAUGACUCAGAUGUUCUAUUUCCUGUCAGUGCUGUUGGCUCUUACUCGCAAACUGAUAACUUGGAGAAUGGAGAGGGGCAUGAAAGGGUUCUUGCAGUAGAACUGGUUCAAAGAAGAUCUGAUCUUCCUUACAGAAUGGAAGUCAGUCCUCCUGCUCAAGUGAACAAUUUAAGCAGUAUGCUGCCUUCAGCCACUGUGCCAGAAUCCAUGACAAUUAAUGAACUUCGGCAGGCUAUCGUGGCCAUGAUGAAUAGAAAGGAUGAACUGGAAGAACAGAAUAGGUCUCUGAGGAACUUGCUUGAUGGAGAGAUGGAACAUUCUGCAGUACUUAGGCAGGAAAUGGACAAUUGGAGAAGGAAAGUAGCAGAACAGGAAGAGCGACAUGCCACAAAGGUCCAAGCCUUGGCAAGAGAAAAUGAGGUGCUUAAAGUGCAGCUUAAGAAGUACGUAGGAGCUGUCCAGAUGCUUAGAAGAGAAGGUCAAGCAGUGGAAGUUUUACCAAAUAUUUGGAGCACUGAUGCUGAAUUUACUAUUCCAGAACAGAAGCAAGCAGAAAACAACGAGGAACUAGCCAGCUCUUAUGAAAGAAAAUUGAUUGAGGUGGCUGAAAUGCAUGGGGAGCUGAUUGAGUUCAAUGAGAGACUGCACCGUGCUCUGAUGGCUAAAGAAGCUCUUGUGUCCCAGAUGAGACAAGAACUAAUUGAUUUGAGAGGGCCGGUCCCUGGAGAUUUGAGUCAAACAUCUGAAGAUCAGAGUUUGUCAGAUUUUGAAAUAUCAAAUCGUGCUCUUAUUAAUGUUUGGAUUCCCUCAGUCUUUCUGCGUGGAAAAGCUGCUAAUGCAUUCCAUGUUUAUCAGGUUUAUAUUAGAAUAAAGGAUGAUGAAUGGAAUGUGUAUCGAAGAUAUGCAGAGUUCAGAAGCUUGCAUCAUAAAUUACAGAAUAAAUACCAGCAAGUGAGGACUUUUAACUUUCCACCAAAAAAGGCCAUUGGAAACAAGGAUGCAAAGUUUGUAGAAGAAAGACGCAAGCAGCUACAAAAUUACCUAAGGAAUGUAAUGAACAAAAUUAUUCAAACUGUACCAGAAUUCACAGCCAGUCCCAAAAAAGAGACUCUUAUUCAGCUGAUGCCCUUUUUUGUUGAUAUCCAACCUUCUGGAGAACCAGAAAGCAAAAGCAAUCGCUCAAGAGUAACUACGCGCUUCCCCAAACUCUCUCGCAGUCAUCCGAGAGAGCCCCGGAGCCUGGAACCUCAGAGCGGCGAUCUUUGACCCUGUCGUGUAACUGUGAAUACUGGCACCAUGUACUUUAAUUUGCUUUGUGAUUCCUUCCUAGACUAUAUUGUUGAUUAUAUAAGCUCCUGAAGAGACUACAGCUGCAUCAACUUAAAUCCUGAAAAGAGAUAUUCAUUGCUGAGGGUCGUAUCCUGAUUAAAUACUUUGGAAGGCAGUAAUCACUUUCUCAAAAGAAUAUGAGGGCUCUUCACUAGAGCUCAGCAAACUGAUAGGCAUUUUGUUUGUUUUGUCAAGCUGCAUUGCACAUAUUCUCUUUCCUUUGUCCUUUUAAAGUUGUUCUGUUACUAUGAAUUCCUUGUUUGUAUCGUGGUGUCUCCCCUUCUACACUUAAUUUUUUCUGCUCCAGAGAGACAGGGGUAUCAUGUCAAGACAAUUUUUUCUUUAGAAGAACAGUUAUGAUUAUCACUACUUAAUAUGUCAGAAAGAUGUGCUUAAAAGAACCUCACUAAUUUAUUACUUUUUGUAAAUAGAAAGACUGUUUUUUUUUUUUUAUUGUAAACCUCUGAUACACACAAAGGUUUUUAAAAAACUUGACAAAGUAAAUAACAAGGGAAAAACAGUACAGGUGGCAAAAAUAGCUUUUGUAUGUUUGUAGUUAGGUAUUCCCAAUAGCUUUCAUUUGUGGGAAGUAAUUCUAUAAAAUCAGAGAAUGUAAUAAUUUUUUAGUGAAAUUUCAGUCUUGCUGUAAGGCUGGGUGCAAUAUUAUUAAUUUCUACAGAUGACCACCAGGAUUCACAAAGUUAAAAUGGUACAAAAUAGCAUUUUCAAGUCUUGGGUUAUAUUUUGUCAUUGAUUCAUUGCUGGUGUUACAAAACAGUUCCUCAUCGUUAAAGAGCGUCGUUGAAUUCUUAUUUUCUAAAACCCUUCACAUGGUAUUACUUAAGAAUUGCUCGAAAUGGAAGUGCCUGUUACCCAUCACCAGUUAUUGAAAAGUAAUUUGUAAUGGUACUAUUGUGAGUAACUAAAAAAAUUAUCGAGAAUUAUUAUAAGUGAUGGAAGUUCUGACAUGGAUUAACUGGAAUCCAGUUCAGUAUCCAUUAGUUGCACUGCCGUAGGCAGUUAAUUAUAUAUUAGCUAUCUUCUUUUCUUUAUUAAGUUUAAGCAAUGUACAUUCAAAUUUUCUAUCAAAUGUAUUCUUUUUUUCCUUUAUGUAAGAACAUCUUUCUUCUCAGAAGUUCUUUGGAUAAUCUUACUUAAAGUGGUGUAUCUUGUCAUUUUAUUGUUCAUUUAUUAUAUUAAAUUCUCACAUCGGUAGAUACUGAAGUCUAGUAUUUCUCUGCAGAAAAACAAGCUGAUUAUUAAUAAUGCACUUUUUAUCUCAGUGCUUUAUUAAAGUUCUAACAAAUUGGAAUGCCUGUUCUGCAAACCUGCUUUGUCAGGUAGAUGGUCCAGUCAUUUUCAGUGGCACUUCUCAAGUGAGGAUGGAUCCAAUCUGCAAAGUGAGUAGUGUUUGUGGGCUCAUACCUGAGUACCAGUCUGAGCCACAAAUCUUAUAUUCCUAACACUGAGGAGCAUAGCAUAUAUAUUGCACUGAACAGCAGAAUGUGGCAAAGAGGAGUGGUCAGAAAUUUCAGUAGAUGAAAUACCACAAAGUAAAAUCAUGUUACAGAAAUGAAAUAAAAUUUUUAGUCAGUAAGAGAUCUAUUUUACAAAAUAAGUAAAUAAUCGAAAAGGACAGCUUGGGAGCCAGCUAAUCUGGUUUGUACUGAGAGUUACUGUUAGUGUCUUGUAUAGACUACAGUGGGACGUUUAUUUAAGGAAGAAAAGAUAGUGAGUAGCUUGCCAGUUAAUGUCUCUCUAAACUCUUCAGUUUUAUAUAUUGCUAAUAAUCUGAAGUUUGUCUUUGAUGAAAAAAAUAAUAGCUAUAACAAUGGUCCCAUUUUGAAAAUAUUCUGAAGUUGUAUCUCAACAUGGUCUAGAGACUUGGUUAGUAGAAAAAUAACACAUUUUCUAACACUGAAUUGCAAGUGAAUUGGAAAGAAAAAGCUCUGUGAUCCUUUGUGAUUCAUCUGUUUGUCACAUGAAGCUGUAUUAAUAUUCAGGAAAUAACUCAUUAAAGUACUCCUUAUCUUUACUCAGAAAGUUGAAAAUUGGUAAGCUAAUUUAGCAUGCAUAGACUAAAUUUAAAAUUGUUCUUUUUUUAGUUGUUUAGAAGGAAUUUUUGUUGUCUCUAUAUUUGGAUCUUAAAAUUAUUUCAUUCCUGAUUAUUUUGCCUCUUGUAAUUUUUAAUAUACGUAUAUAGAUUACACAAAAAUACUAAACUUGUUUAUUGUACACAAAUUGUUCUUUGCUACCUUUACCUGAGUUGUAUAUAAACUACUAUAAUUACAGUCUGCAAACAGUGUUCAAUUUGUGAUACAAGAUACUGUAAUGGGUGCAUUAUUAGUCUACUUAAAUACUUAUCUGGUUUCUUUAAAACCUAAGAAGAGAACUAAAUGAAAGCCUUUCUUCACAAGUUAGCUUUCUCACUUUAUUCACCUGGUUACUUUAGAAGAUCAAUGAGAUACUUGCAUGAAAGCAAGUAGAUGCCUAGUGAUACGAAUGCCCAAAUUUUUAGCACCUCGAGACCUUCUAAAAUGUCCUGUCUUUCAGAGAAUCGUAAAUACUUUUACAAAUCACACUUCUUUUGUUUGGCUAUCAAAAUCAGGGAGGACUUUUGAAGAAGGAUGACCACCUGAAGAAUCCCAAUAUAGUUACAUUAUUCUUAUAAAAUAUUGUAACUGUAGCAGUGGUUCUAUCAACUGAAUAAUUAUAUCAGUUCCUCUUAUGUGUCAUUUAGUUCCAUGCAUGUAAUUAUUAUUUUUGUACAAACCUAAUCUAGUUUGGUACUAACAGUUAGCUCUUAUAUCGUUGUAUCUGGUCAGUGGCUGGUGCACAAUGAGUUCAGCCAGUUCUUGAUGGUGCUUUGAACAUCACUACAAUCACAGAAUAGAGAACUCGGGCCAACUUCAUCACUUCAGUUGUUCCUUCAAGCCUAGGACUACAGCAUGGUAUGAGGCACUGUGGACAAAUUAUUUUGUAUUAUUUUGUUUCUGUUUUAUCUAUAGACAUUUUAAGUCUCUAGGGAUGCUCAUCUGCAACCUUUAGUGACUAUUCAAAUUAAAUUGUAAAUAUAAAUGGCAUUACUUUUUAUUUUAAUGCUGUUCUCCUAUUGUAUGGAAAAUGAACAAUUUCCUAAGAAACAAAAAGCAGGAAAGAGUCCUGCAUCUUUUGCAAAUGUGAUUGUCUAUCAGUAUUAAUUCAUUAAAUAUUGACUAUGCUUUUUCAGAAUCUCAUUUAGCGAUUCUGUCACUCAUUAUAGAGAAUGCAUUGCAUUGACUUAGCUUUUGUAUUAAAUUAAGUUUCUCAAUAAUAAUUAAUUUCCAAGGUUUGUAUGAGGCAGCAUAAUAGCAUAGCAAUACAGGCUUAAAUUGAUAUGUCCAUUAAAUCACAUACUCUUAGGAAGAUUAAUACUUUCAAAGCCAGUCUUUUUUAGGGAAUAUAUUGUUGAUGUGAUAGUUGUAAACAAAUUAUAUUGUCUUUCAGGUUCUACUGGAAGUCAUAAACCAUUGUGAUUGGGUUAAUACAACAAGUAUUUAGUGAAAGGGCAUAAUGGUAUCAAUGAUCACUGGCUCAAAAUUGUGACCUAUACGCUAAGGUGCGUUUGUUGUUACAAAAUUAUGUUUUAUUAUACAGAACAGUAUCUGCAUGGUAGCUGUCAAAUUAAUUAACAAGAACUUACUAACAAAUGGGGGUGACUGACUCAGAACAGCAAGCUAAUAAGAAAUGAGAUUUGGUGAGCCCCAAGUGAACUACUGAUACUGUCUGUCAGGACAAAUUAAUUAUUUAAGAAGUGAUAUUUUGUUAUCAGUAUUAGUUAUUAGUACUUUCAGAUCUGGAUGUCAUUCUUUUUACUUUGCUUCAAAGCACAGAGGGGUCUCUCAGUUCUACUCUUAAGUUUUUUGCUAUUUCAAAGGUUUGAAAAAAAAACACCCCAAAUUUAUACCUUAUAACUUUGAGGACAGACAGUAUACCUGUGGAUUCAAAUAUAGUUAUCUGCCUGUAGUUAACAUGAAAAACCUGUGGAACCACUGUUUAAAAGAAAAAUAAACAUCUCUUUGCAAAGUUGUGCUCCUAGACCCCCUUGCAAAUCCUGGUAACAGCACUGUACUCUGCUGGUUGGAACUCCAGGUAUAUGCAAAAAUGACCAAGCUUAACAAGCAAACACAUUUUUCUCCUUGAAAACAGUAAUAUUUCUCUGUUGAGCUUAACUCACCUCUGGAAAUGUGGUCAAACAGCUCAAGAAAGCAAAGAAUUUGUCUCCUUCCAUUUCCUUUUGUUGGGAUAUUUCAGUCAACACUGUCUGUCAUAACAGGGAAUAUUAAUUUGAUGAAUACGUAGCCAUUUCAGCAGUUUCUUAGCAUUAUGUAUUGAAAGAAUCCCUUUCAUAUACGAAAUAAAGUCUGUUACUUAGUAUGUUUAAAAAUAUCAGUUACCCUGCUUCGUAUUUUACAUAUUCAGUGAACAAUAAAACACUUGUUCAACGCAGUGGUCUGACACUGUAAAUUUAAUUUCUUAUUCUGCACUAACUGUACUUUUAUGGUGCUGUUACAUAUAACUUAGAUUAUUUAUAUAAUCUUUUUUUAAAAAUUAAUUGGAGCAUACUUCUAACUAAUAAUAAUUGUUUACUUUUUGGUUAAUAUUUGCAUGAAUUACCAGAAACACGACUGCAACAUUUAGAGAGGAAUGAAUUGUACAAAUUUACAAACUGCUGUAAGUAUCAGGACUUUAAAUAAAUAAAUAAAUAAAUAAAUAAAUAAAUAAAAUCUUUGUUGCAUAAACAAAUGUACUGCACUUCCAUGUAGGAGGAAUCAGUUUGUUUAACAAGAUUUCAAAAGUGAAUCCAUGUCAGCAGAAGCUAAACUGUGGUAGCUGGUUUCUUUAGGAGGCUAUUAAAUUAUUUAAGAAGCUAAAAAAAUAUAGAAAAGCAAAUUUGGUUGAAAAUCUAGUUCUGAAAGGCUGCAUUUUUUUCUAAGUAAAUAUGGAAAUAAAUAAAAUUUUAUGUGGGACCAAAACCUGUUGGCAACUGAAGAAGCUGUAUUUCCUUUUCAUUUUUUGGAGCUUUAUUUUUAAUUCCUGUUAAACAACUUUAGGAAAGAUAGUGUCAAUUCUAAAGCAUACAUAUGUACAGUGUUCACAUAAGUAUUAACAAAUUGUAUGUAAUAUUAUUUUAACUCGUUAUGCUACUGUUUACAUUAUAGAAUUUUUAAGCAAAUGUCUAUAUAUAAUUUUCUAAAUACUUUCUUGUAUUUUUUUUAAUAUCCUGUGGUUAAUUUUGUUGUAAUCUGGUUGAAAUAUGUUACUUUACAAUGAAGAAAAUAAAAAAUAACAUCUUUUUAUGUUUGAAA